UAAAACGGCGGACGCUCGGGGCUCAGCCUCCAAUCUCAGUGAUGUUGAAGAAAACGACGACAUGUGUUGCGCAGACGAUGAACAAAAAGGAGGCAAGUCUCGAUUUAAGGUAGAAUUCGUGGAUGAAUCUCGGAAGAAAGGACAGGUGAAUGGAUGGGAUUCACCACGCGAUGUCCAGAAAUCGUCAGGACAUGUGGCGCGCCAUGCGAUCGGCCGGGAGAGGAGAGAUAGCGGCCGCUCAGGGAAGGAGAGAUGGGACAACGGCAGGAGUGGAGACAGGAAAGUCUCAGAGCCCGACUCCCCUGUCUUGUCAGUCCGGUCGAUGAGUCCCACCAACACAUAUGUCGGUUACGACACUCACAACCUGAAGACUUUCGGACAUAACACCCACGAAGCUUUACCACAUGUUGACCACUACAGAAAUCUCUUGUCCUCAACAGCUACUCACGCGCUCAAAGCCAGGCCAACGCUAGAUGAACUGCAUGAAGAAAAGGAAGAUGGGGAGAAGCGCUUUCGAGAGCCCCUGUUGAUUGGAAAGGAUCGUUCUCACUCUGAUGCAAGCGUGCAGAUCUCCCCAGGGAAAAAAGGGUCCAGCGGAGCGGUCAAGUUUGGAUGGAUCAAAGGAGUCUUGAUACGAUGUCUGCUGAACAUCUGGGGUGUGAUGUUGUUCCUGCGGCUGUCCUGGGUGGUGGGACAGGCAGGGGUGGGGCUCUCCACUCUGGUCGUUCUCCUGUCCAGUUGUGUCACCACCAUCACUGCUCUCUCUAUGGCGGCCAUAUGUACCAAUGGAGAGGUCAAGGGAGGGGGAGCUUACUUUAUGAUAUCUCGCAGUCUCGGGCCGGAGUUUGGAGGAGCCAUUGGCCUGAUUUUCUCUGUGGCUAAUGCAGUUGCCGUAGCGAUGUAUGUAGUCGGAUUUGCCGAGACUGUGAGGGAUAUUUUGAAGGACAAUGACGCCUUGAUGGUGGAUGAGAUUCAUGACAUCCGUAUCAUCGGAGUGAUCACACUGGUUAUCUUGCUAGUCAUCGCCGUUGUGGGCAUGGAGUGGGAGGCAAGGGCCCAGCUUGGACUCCUGGCUAUCCUCAUUGUUGCCAUGGUGAACUUUGCUAUUGGGAGUUUCAUUCCUCCAUCAGAAAAGAAGAAAGCCCAAGGAUUUGUUGGAUACAAUGGGAUAGUUUUUCAACAGAAUUUACUGCCAGAUUUCCGUGAUGGGGAGUCGUUUUUCUCAGUGUUCAGCGUGUUUUUUCCAGCAGCCACCGGUAUAUUGGCUGGAGCCAACAUCUCUGGAGACCUCAGGGAUGCCCAAAGUGCUAUCCCUAAGGGGACGAUGUUAGCUAUUUUGAUCAGCUCUGUCAUAUACAUCCUGGUAGCCUGGAUGCUGGGUGCCUGCGCCCUGAGGGACGCCACAGGCUUUGUCCAUGUGCUUGACGUGGACAACUCCAGCCUGGUCAACUCGUCUUCCCAAGUAUACCAUUACACAAUCGACACCAUUGCCAACUGCUCCUUGGCUAAGAAGGGAGUCUGCAAGUUUGGUCUCUUGAAUAACUCUCAGGUGAUGGAGAUGAUUUCUGGAUUUGGUCCUCUUGUCACUGCAGGAAUCUUCGCAGCCACAUUGUCCUCAGCUUUAGCCAGCAUUAUGUCUGCUCCCAAAGUCUUCCAGGCUGUAUGUAAAGAUAAAAUCUUCCCUCAUAUACACGUGUUUGCUAAAGGAUAUGGCAAGAACAAUGAUCCUAGACUAGGCUACUUGUUGACGUUUUUUAUUGGUUUGGCUUUCGUUUUAAUAGGAUCAUUGAAUGAUAUUGCCCCCAUUAUUUCAAACUUCUUCUUGAUGUCGUAUUCUUUGAUAAAUUAUUCCUGUUUUGAUGCAUCCCUCGCCAAAUCCCCAGGUUGGAGACCAGCAUUUAAGUACUACUCCAAGUGGAUCAGUCUGCUGGGAGCAUUGCUCUGUCUGGCUGUCAUGUUUAUCAUCAACUGGUGGACAGCCCUAAUCACCUUUGCUGUCGUCAUGGCGCUCUAUGUCUAUGUUCAUUACACCAAACCAGAUGUGAACUGGGGCUCCUCCACCCAGGCUCAUGUUUACAGAAAUGCUCUGCAGUCUACCCUAAAACUCAUGUCCGUGGAAGAACAUGUGAAAAACUUCAGGCCACAGGUACUGGUGAUGACUGGCUACCCUCACAGCCGACCUGCCCUGGUUGAUUUUGCUGCAGAUAUCACCAAGAACAUCAGCCUCAUGGUCUGCGGACAUAUCUUAGAGGGCUCCCAGGCUGAGCACCAGAAUUCUCUGCGGGCCAGUUCCUCCUCAGCUAACAUCUGGCUUCACAAGAGGAAGAUCAAGGCUUUCUACACAGCCUCCUGUGCAGCAUCCUUGAGACAAGGCUCACAGAAUCUCAUGCAGUGUGUGGGAAUUGGAAAGAUGAGGCCGAAUACUUUACUGAUUGGUUUCAAGAACAACUGGAGGACAGACAGCCCACAGAGAGUAGCUGACUAUUUCCAUGUCAUACACGAUGCAUUUGACUUGCACCUGGGGGUUGGAAUUCUUCGGCUGCAAGAAGGUUUUGACUGUAACAUCAGCCUGGAAGACUCGGUCCCUGAAAUUGUGGAAGAGGAGUUAGUAUAUGAUGAGCCCUCUUUGACCCCCAACAUCACCCCUAGCAUGGAGAGGAAAGCAGUCAAAGGGGAUGUGGAUGUGACCUAUGAGCCUUCCACGGGUACUAACAGCGUGCACCUGUCUGUGAGCAGCGCACGCAAACCUGAACCCAUCAACAAGGACCUGCUGAAGGCUAUGAACCGCUUCCACAGGAAACAGAAGAAGGGCACGAUAGACGUCUGGUGGCUGUUUGAUGAUGGAGGGUUAACCCUUCUGAUACCGUACAUCCUCUCCACCAAAUCUCACUGGGCCAGCUGUAAGCUACGAGUGUUCACUGCCGGCUCGAAGAAGGGAGAGCUGGAUCGGGAACAGAGGCAGAUGGUGUCUCUGCUGAACAAGUUCAGGAUAGAUGUAACAGAUAUGGUAGUCAUCCCAGAUGUGGGCAAACCUCCAAGAGAAGACAGUAAGAAGGAGUUCAACAGUUUACUUCAGGGCUGGGUGGUAGAUGCAAGUCAAGGAGAAACUAAAGAUGCUUGUCCAUGGAAAACCACAGAAGAUGAACUCAUUCUGUUAAAAGACAAGACUAAUCGACAUAUUCGCCUGAAGGAGCUGCUGACAGAACAUUCGAGUGAUGCCUCACUGAUAGUCAUGACACUACCCAUGCCCAGGAAGGGCACCUGCUCCACAGCCCUCUACAUGGCCUGGGUGGACACCCUGACAAAAGACUUACCUCCAAUCCUUUUGCUCCGAGGCAACCAGACCAGUGUACUUACCUACUACUCUUGAUGGAAUGUACCGUUAUACCAUCAAGGGAUACAUGUAUGUCUAGACUUGAGUUUCAGUGUACCAUAUAGGGGAAUGUUUAGAUUCAUGGUGGGAUAUGCAGAGGGUAAUGCCUAGACUUGAUGGUACCUACAAUGUAAGGUAUAAACCCAUGUCUUAAUUCCUUUUGGAAUAUACCAUAGAGGACUAUAUCUAGAGUCUUGAUGGAAUAUAUAGUGUAAGGCUAUGUCUAGACUCGAAGUGGAAUGUCCCAGUUGCAUGUAAAGCAAUGUCUACACCCUUGGUGGCGUGCAGAGUAUUUUGUCUAGUCAAUGUCUAGGCUUGAUGGGAUGGGGUUAUGUCUAUAGUUUUGAUUUUAUGUACAGUAUACCCCAUUCUCUGUAGCAUAGAAGACUAUGUUUAGACGUUUUAUGGAAUGUAAGACAUACAUGUAGACAUUGUCUAGACUCUUGAUGGAAUGUAAGGUGAAAGGCAGUGUCUAGACUUGAUGGGAUGUACCUUAGAGGGGUAUAUCUAGACUUCUUAUGGAACAUAAGCCAUGCAUGUAGACAUUGUCUAGACCCUUGAUGGGAUGUAAGGUGUAAGGGGGUGUCUAGACUUGACGGGAUGUACCUUAG